CAGGGUUAAAGACGCAGAGGGCUGGAGAGAAUAAAAAUUCUCGCAGAGAUAGAGCGAGAGAGACGCUUCAAAACUCUUAAAUUUCUCCCAUUUUCCCUCUCCUGGAGUCUUUUCUUCCUGCCUUUCUUCCAUCAGGCCUGCUCUAACCUAAAGAGAGAGUUUUAGAGAGACAAGAGACAAACGUAGAGAGAGAGAGAGAGCGGUUUAGAGAGAGAAUGCUUCAAAUCCGGCUCAACAACAAGGGGCCGGCAUCAGACGGGAGCCCAGCAGCAAAGGGUUCUGUGGCAGCGGAGAAUGUGACAGUGGCAUGCCCCGAUCAUCUGGUGCUCGCCGAUCUGCCGGUCGCAAAGUGCCUUGGAAACCUUCCGAAUGCAACGGCAGUUGCCAAGACGGUGGGCAGGCGCUCACGGCGCCUCCUCGGGGAGAGGAUACACUUCUGCGUGCGCUGUGACUUCCCUAUCGCUAUUUAUGGACGCUUGAGCCCAUGCGAGCAUGCUUUCUGUUUGGCCUGUGCAAGAAGUGAUUCUAGCUGCUACCUCUGUGAUGAGAGGAUCCAGAAGAUUCAGACCAUCAAAAUGCUUGAAGGCAUCUUCAUAUGUGCGGCCCCUCACUGCCUCAAAUCCUUUUUAAAGAAACAUGAGUUUGAAACUCACAUCACUGAGACACACACCGACCUCCUCCACACUAACCAAGAUCGCGAAGAAAACCCUAGCGAAAACGACUCUUUUGCCCCCACCCGACCUCCCUCGGCUGAUACCUCCUCAAAGCCGCCACCGACUCCAUCAGAGAAAGAGUCAUUCUCUGGGGGCAAAAGGGUCAUUACUCCUCCCCAUAAUACCCUGCUGCCUAAUGACCGUGAAGACAAAAAUUAUCACCGAUACCCCUCAAAGGACCCCCCUCCCCUUAAGCCCCAGCCCCCUCAAAAGUCCCCAUUCUCUUACCCUCGGAACGAGCCUGACCGGGCCUAUAACAGGGCCCAAUUUGACAGGCCCCCAAUUUUUCGCCGAGAUUCGGACCAGUUUCCGGUCUCUGUCCAACCAGAACCCUCAUUUACCGAUUUGCCCCCAGCACAAAGCUAUCCCCCACCCUUGAAUGUGAGCCAAGGCCCACCGUUGAACUACCCCUAUCCAUAUCCACCCAUUUUACCUGAUGGGCCCCACCAACCCUAUUUUAACCCUAAUUUUGAUGCUUCUCGACAUGAAUUUACAUCAGAGGGGGGCUCAGAACAGGGCUCGUUGCUAGGGUUUCCGCCAGGUCAAGGCCCAAUGGGCUUCCAAGAGGGGUAUUCUCGUCCUUGGAAUAUGGGGUUCCCAGGAAUGCCCUUUGAGGGAGGCAUUACCAUGGGGCAACAAGGGGUGCUUAAUGAUGGGUAUUUUAGCCCAGUGGAUUCUCAGGCAAGAGGAGUGUUGCAACCUCCACCUCCAUUGCCGCCUCAUGGUCCAGUAAAGAGGGGGAAGUUUUCAGGGAAUGAAGGUGGUGGCGGUCGAGAGGGGCAGGGUUAUGGAUGGCAGGGUGAAAAGCGGGGGCAUAGCAGGGGUCAAGACUAGAGAUAGAGAGGGUGAAGUUUUCAGGGAAUGACCGGUAAAGAGGGGGAAGUUUUCAGGGAAUGAAGGUUGUGGCGGUCAAGAGGGGCAGGGUUAUGGAUGCAGGCUGAAAAGCGGGGGCAUAGCAGGGGUCAAGUCUAGGGAUAGAGAGAGAUUCUGUCUGUCACCAUUUCUUGAGCAGAUCAAAAUUUAUCUGCUGACCUUUUCUGUGAAUAUAAAACUAUUUAUUUGCAGA